GGCCCGGGGCGGGCAUGGAGCUCUUCCAAGCCAAGGAUCACUACAUCCUGCAGCAGGGCGAGCGCGCGCUGUGGUGCAGCCGCCGGGACGGGAGCCUGCAGCUGCGCCCUGCCACUGACCUUCUUCUGGCCUGGAAUCCCAUUUGUUUGGGGCUAGUCGAGGGUGUUAUUGGGAAAGUUCAACUUCAUUCAGAUCUCCCAUGGUGGCUUAUCUUAAUUCGUCAGAAAGCCUUGAUAGGAAAACUUCCUGGAGACCAUGAGGUCUGCAAAAUUACCAAAAUUGCUGUAUUAUCACUUUCUGAAAUGGAACCUCAAGAUCUUGAGCUUGAGCUCUGUAAGAAGCACCACUUUGGAAUUAACAAACCAGAGAAGAUUACACAAUCUCCUGAUGACACAAAGUUUCUACUUAAGACCUUUACUCAUAUUAAAUCAAAUGUAUCUGUUCCCAAUAAAAAGAAGGUGAAGGAAAGUAAAGAGAAGGAGAAAUUAGAAAGGAGAUUACUGGAAGAAUUAUUAAAAAUGUUCAUGGAUUCAGAAUCCUUUUAUUAUAGUUUAACUUAUGACUUGACCAACUCGGUGCAAAGGCAAAGUGUUUGUGAGAACAAAAACUUACCACUUUGGCAAAACGUUGAUGAGAGAUUUUUUUGGAAUAAAUAUAUGUUAAAAGAUCUAAUCGAGAUUGGUACUUCUGAAGUGGAUUUUUGGAUUAUCCCAAUCAUCCAAGGUUUUGUACAGAUUGAAGAACUUGUGGUCAACUAUAACGAAUCAUCUGAUGAUGAGAAAAGCAGCCCAGAUACUCCUCCUCAAGAAUCCUCUUGUGUAGAUGAUAUUUAUCCUCGAUUUCUUGUGGCUCUCAUUUCACGCCGAAGUCGGCACAGAGCUGGGAUGCGUUAUAAACGAAGAGGAGUUGAUAAAGAUGGAAAUGUUGCAAAUUUUGUAGAAACUGAGCAGUUAAUUCAUGUUCAUAAUCACACACUGUCAUUUAUUCAGACAAGAGGCUCUAUUCCUGUUUUUUGGAGCCAGGUUGGAUAUCGGUACAAUCCACGACCACGGCUAGACAAAAAUGAAAAGGAAACAGUUGUAUAUUUCUCAGCACAUUUUGAAGAACAAUUGAAAAUUUACAAAAAACAGGUUAUCAUUAAUUUGGUAGAUCAAGCAGGAAGAGAAAAGAUUAUUGGAGAUGCUUACCUCAAGCAGGUGUUGCUUUUCAACAACCCAAAUCUCACUUAUGUUUCAUUUGACUUUCAUGAACAUUGCCGAGGGAUGAAAUUUGAGAAUGUUCAGACCUUAACAGAUGCCAUCCAUGACAUUAUUCUGGACAUGAAGUGGUGUUGGGUUGAUCAAGCAGGGGUAAUAUGUAAACAGGAAGGAAUUUUUCGAGUUAACUGCAUGGACUGCUUGGAUCGUACAAAUGUAGUACAAGCUGCUAUUGCAAGAGUGGUCAUGGAACAGCAGCUAAAGAAAUUAGGUGUGAUGCCCCCUGAGCAACCAUUGCCAAUGAAAUGCAAUCGAAUUUACCAGAUAAUGUGGGCAAAUAAUGGUGACUCCAUAAGCAGACAGUAUGCUGGAACAGCAGCUUUGAAGGGUGACUUCACUAGGACUGGUGAAAGGAAAUUGGCAGGAGUCAUGAAAGAUGGAGUUAAUUCUGCUAAUAGGUAUUACCUGAAUCGCUUUAAGGAUGCUUACAGACAAGCAGUUAUAGAUUUGAUGCAAGGCAUUCCUGUGACUGAAGAUCUCUAUUCCAUAUUUACAAAAGAGAAAGAACACGAGGCUUUGGAUAAGGAAAAUCAGAGAAGCCACCAGGAACUGAUUAGCCAACUCUUACAGAGCUAUAUGAAAUUACUGUUGCCUGAUGAUGAAAAAUUCCAUGGGGGAUGGGCCCUUAUUGAUUGUGAUCCAAGCCUUAUUGAUGCUACUCAUAAAGAUGUGGAUGUACUGCUACUGCUUUCUAACUCUGCAUACUACGUGGCCUAUUAUGAUGAUGAGGUUGAUAAAGUAAAUCAGUAUCAAAGACUGAGCCUGGAAAGCUUGGAGAAAAUAGAAAUAGGUCCUGAACCUACUCUUUUUGGGAAACCAAAGUUUUCCUGUAUGAGGUUACACUAUAAGUAUAAAGAAGCAACUGGCUAUUUUCAUACCCUUCGAGCAGUGGUUCGUAACUCAGAAGAGGAUGGAAAAGAUACUCUUCAAUGCAUUGCAGAGAUGCUACAGAUCACCAAGCAAGCCAUGGGUUUAGAUGUACCCAUCAUAGAGAAAAAACUUGAGAGGAAGAGCAGCAAGCCUCAUGAAGACAUCAUUGGCAUUAGAGCUCAAAAUCAAGGAUCGUUGGCUCAAGGAAAGAAUUUUUUGAUGAGCAAAUUUUCAUCUCUUAAUCAAAAAGUGAAACAGACCAAAUCCAAUGUUAGUAUUGGCAACCUACGCAAGCUAGGAAGCUUCACAAAACCUGAAGUGAAAGUCAACUUUUUAAAACCAAACUUAACAGUAAAUCUUUGGAAAUCAGACAGUAGUCUUGAAACUAUGGAAAAUAAAGGUGUGAUGGAUAAUAAAGGUCAGAUACAAUCUGAUGAGGAGAUAUCUUCAGAUGAUUCAUUCCACUCUGAUGAGUAUCUUACAAAUUCAAAAUGUGAAGAAGACCGGCAACUAGCUAAUUCUUUAGAAAAUGUGGGGCCAGUGGACUACGUUCUUCCUAGUUGUGGCAUUAUUGCUUCAGCUCCAAGAUUAGGCAGUCGGUCUCAGUCUAUAAGCAGCACUGACAUUACCAUUCAUGUUCCUUCUGACACUGUGCCACAUGGAAGUAGCCUGGGAAAAGGACUGCCUUCUCCAAUGAAGAAAAGUCCCUCUGCUGACAGUGUAUUAAUAGACUUUACAAAGCCCAUGGAUGCUUACUGCCAUAGAUUUGUACAAGAUGCUCAAAGUAAAGUGACCCAGCCGUUAGAGACUGAGGCUGCUUCUCAACAGGCUGCUGAGGAAGACUCUCAGUCCACCAUGGAUGAGUGUAAGACUAAAGAAAUCAAAUCAGAAGUAAUGAAAGAGAUACCUUCUCGACCCUCUAAGCUGGAUGUCCCUUCUGAGACAGGACCACAAUUUUUGUCAGUCGAAACACCUCAUUUUGCUAUAGCUCAAAAGACCCCAGGUUCUGGAUCUAGUGUUCUUGAACUUGAAGCAGGAGCUAACCCAACACCUUCCCCUGCAGAAAGUAACGGGAGCAGAGCAGUCUCACCUUUUGCAAAGAUCCGAAGCUCCAUGGUUCAGGUUGCUAAUAUUACCCAAGCUGGACUGACCCAGGGGAUAAACUUUGCAGUUGCUAAAGUCCAGAAGAGCCCAGCAGAACAUGAGGUAGUUAAUGAGGUAACACAAAAUGAACUUAAAGACAUGUUUAUCCAGUGUCAGACUAGAAUAAUUCAGAUUUAGUUAAUCACAAAAGCUCUUCAAUGGCUUGUAUAUAAUCCUAAAGAAAAAUUAUUUCAUAACUGAAUCUCAUUAUAACACGUACUGCCUGAGUAUGGGGAUCAAAACUGCAAAUUAUGUAUAUUUGGAGAAUGGUUUUGAGACAUUCUGAGCAGGAUUCAAAAUUACAAAGAGCCCUGAGAUGAUAUUCACAGUAGAAUAUUUUGAUCUCAGCAGGUAGUUAUACACUGGCACUAACAAACAAGCUAUUUACUUAAGUUCCAGAAUCCAUAAUUUGGGUACUAUCUGUAAAAUGCUUCCACUGAAAGGAUGGAUCUGGACACAUUUACCUAAUUGGUAAUUCACAGCUAAACAUAAAUAUUUUAUCUACAAGGUACAUUGUUUAUUUGGGGGAUGUAUGUAUUUUAAUCCUUGUUUUAGUCGUGUUGAUGAGCCUGUAGUCUCAUUUGUCUUAGCAUUUCUGUAGGGUAAUUGAUAAAUUGGUUAGGUAUAGGAGUUUUAAAAGUAGUUGUUUUAAGACCGAGUUGAGUGUUUGAAAUGCAAAAAGAUAAAGGAUUGCUUCUGUAAUUUUCAUCCAUCUCCCUAUAAGGAGCUAAUUUUGGGAUACUGUAGUCAGGAAUCUAGGGUACCCUUUCACCUGAUUAUCCACUUGAAGAGUUCAGAAUAUAUUGCUGCCUACACAUUUGCAAAUACAGAGUCUAGGAGCACUAAAAGCUCAAUUAAAAUAAAUCUGAAUAUAUUCAGAUUGUGAUCGACCAUUCACUGCGUGGAUACCUUAAGAUCCUUCUAAAGUGUUUUCAGGAAUGAAAUGAACAACUACUUUACAUGUGUGCACUGUUUAUUGAGUAUUAAGAACUUCUGUGUAGAAAUCUAAAUGAAUUUUCUUUCUAGCAAUUCCAUGACAUUUUCAUGUAAGAUACCAUAGAGAAAAAGGUAGCAAGCUUCAAAACCGUUAAAAUUAUGGCUUCAAGCCAUUCCCCCCACUAUAUAAAACCAGUGUGUGCCUGUGUUUUAGUAUAUGUCCUGUGAGCAGACUGCACAUGGUAUUUCAAACGUGUCAUAAUUGUAGUAUAGUGGCUCCAGAGCCUUCCUUUCGUGUUGAAGUGAUUAUCAGCUGAACAGAUUAUGUCUGUUGAAACUUUGAUAAACAUUUUAACUUUUGUUAUUUAUUCGUUUUAUUAGUGACGUGUUUUUCGUGUCAAUAAAAUCUUGUCAUUGUAUAUUUAAAGUAAAGUACUAUUGUAUUUUAAUGCAAAGGGAUAUAUAUGAGAAAUAUUUUAAUAAAAAAAAUUUAAUUCCUAA